AUGAAACCAACGACUGCCCCUUGUUGCUUCGGCUUCCUCCUGACUUGCCUCUUGUUCGGGUCCAGCUCUUCGCAAUCAGUGUGUGCUGGUACAGAGAACAAGCUAAGCACACUGUCGGAUCUGGACCAGCAGUACCGCACCCUGAGGAAGUACUAUGAGAGCUGUGAAGUCGUAAUGGGUAACCUUGAGAUCACAAGCAUCGACCGCAGCCGGGACCUCACAUUCCUCAGGUCUAUCCGAGAAGUGACUGGGUAUGUGCUGGUGGCCUUAAACCAGUUUGACUACCUGCCUUUGGAGAACUUGAGGAUCAUCCGUGGAACAAAGCUAUACGAGGACCGCUACUCCCUUGCCAUCUUCCUAAACUACAGACGAGAUGGAAACUUUGGCCUUCGACAGUUGGGUCUCAAAAAUCUGACAGAGAUCCUGAGUGGAGGUGUGUAUGUGGAUCAAAACAAGUUUCUGUGUCAUGCUGACACAAUCCACUGGCAGGACAUUGUCAAGAACCCACGAGCCCAUCCUGUGGUCGUGCCCACCAACAGCAGUGUCACAUGUCAGAAGUGCCACCGCUCAUGUAAUGGUCGCUGCUGGGGACCUAAAGAGGACCAGUGUCAGAGCUUAACAAAGACAGUGUGUGCCGAGCAGUGUGACGGCCGAUGCUUUGGCCCCUACGUGAGUGACUGCUGCCAUCGUGAGUGCGCAGGUGGCUGCUAUGGACCAAAGGACACAGACUGCUUUGCCUGCACCAACUUCAAUGACAGCGGGGCAUGUGUGACCCAGUGUCCCCAGCCAUUUGUCUACAACCCGACCACCUUUCAGCUCGAGCACAACCCCAGGGCCAAGUACACCUACGGCGCCUUCUGUGUCAAAAAGUGCCCACAUAACUUUGUGGUAGACCAUAGCUCCUGUGUUCGAGCAUGCCCCAGCAACAAGAUGGAGGUGGAGGACAACCGCAUCAAGAUGUGCAUCCCAUGCACUGACAUCUGCCCCAAAGCCUGUGACGGCAUCGGUACAGCCAGCCUGCAGACGGCUCAAACAGUGGACUCCAGCAACAUCGAUAAGUUUGUCAACUGCACCAAAAUCAAUGGAAACCUGGUGUUCCUUAUCACUGGAAUCAAAGGGGAUGUCUAUCACAACAUUGAAGCUCUAGACCCAGAAAAGCUCAACGUAUUCCGCACCGUUCGAGAAAUAACAGGCUUUCUGAAUAUCCAGUCUUGGCCGGACAACAUGACAGAUCUCAGUGUUUUCUCCAACCUGGCUACCAUUGGAGGAAGAGCACUAUACAGUGGGAUCUCUCUGUUGGUGUUGAAACAGCAGGGCAUCUCAUCACUGCAGCUCCAGUCCCUGAGAGAGAUCAGCGCUGGGAACGUUCACAUCGCAGAGAACAGUCAGCUCUGCUACUACAACACUGUCAACUGGACACGACUGUUCCGCGCCACAAACCAGAAGGUUCUCGUCCGCAACAACAGAAGCCCACAAGACUGCUCCAAGGAUCACAUGGUGUGUGACCCGCUGUGUUCAGACGCAGGGUGUUGGGGUCCUGGCCCAGACCAAUGUCUCUCCUGCAGAUUCUUCAGCCGGGGAAGAACAUGCGUGGAUACAUGUAACCUCUACGAAGGUGACAUUCGGGAGUUUGCCAACGGGUCAGUGUGUGUGGAGUGUGACGCCCAGUGUGAGCGAGCUGAUGACGACUCUCUGACCUGCAACGGUCCAGGCCCAGAACAUUGUGUGAAAUGCCUUCAUUUUAAGGAUGGUCCUAAUUGUGUGGAGAAGUGUCCCGACGGCCUGCAAGGUGCCAACAGCUUCAUCUUCAAGUAUGCAGAAGCCAACAAUGAAUGUCAUCCCUGCCAUGCCAACUGCACCCAGGGAUGCAUCGGACCAAGAUUGCAGGACUGUAUUGGAUGGAUGGACAGAACUCCUCUGAUCGCAGCAGGGGUGAUCGGUGGCCUCUUCAUGGUGGUGAUCAUGGUGCUGAGCGUAGCAGUGUCUGUGCGACGGAAGAACAUUAAGAAGAAGAGAGCCCUGCGCCGCUUCUUGGAGACAGAGCUUGUGGAGCCUUUGACACCCAGUGGAACAGCACCCAACCAAGCCCAGCUUCGCAUCUUGAAAGAGACAGAACUCAAACGAGUCAAAAUCCUCGGCUCUGGUGCCUUCGGGACUGUUUACAAGGGUAUUUGGAUUCCAGAGGGUGAAACGGUGAAGAUUCCUGUAGCCAUUAAAAUCCUAAAUGAGGCCACAGGACCAAAGGCUAACGUGGAGUUCAUGGACGAGGCCCUCAUCAUGGCAAGCAUGGAGCACCCCCACCUGGUCCGCCUGCUGGGCGUCUGCCUGAGUCCCACCAUCCAGCUGGUCACUCAACUGAUGCCUCAUGGGUGCCUGCUCGACUAUGUCCAUGAGCACAAGGACAACAUCGGGUCCCAGCUGUUGCUCAAUUGGUGUGUCCAGAUUGCCAAGGGGAUGAUGUAUCUGGAGGAGCGCCGGCUGGUCCACAGAGAUCUUGCAGCCCGAAAUGUCCUGGUGAAAUCUCCUAACCACAUAAAAAUCACAGACUUUGGUCUGGCUCGUCUCCUGGAUGUUAAUGAGAAAGAAUAUAACGCCGAUGGAGGAAAGAUGCCCAUCAAAUGGAUGGCCCUGGAGUGUAUCCAUUACAGGAAGUUUACUCAUCAGAGUGACGUUUGGAGCUAUGGUGUAACUAUCUGGGAGGUGAUGACCUUUGGAGGGAAGCCAUACGAUGGAAUUUCCACCAGAGAUAUCCCAGACCUGCUGGAGAAAGGAGAGCGUCUUCCACAGCCACCAAUCUGCACCAUUGACGUCUACAUGGUCAUGGUCAAAUGCUGGAUGAUUGAUGCAGACAGUCGGCCCAAGUUCAAGGAGCUGGCUGCAGAGUUCACUCGGAUGGCUCGUGAUCCACAACGAUACCUUGUCAUCCAGGGUGAUGACCGUAUGAAGCUGCCAAGCCCCAAUGACAGCAAGUUCUUCCAGAGCCUCCUGGAUGAGGAGGAGCUGGAGGACCUGAUGGAUGCUGAAGAGUACCUGGUGCCACACUCCUUCAACAUUCCACCACUGGCAUACACUCCCCGCACACGCAUCGACUCAAACAAGAACCAGUUUAGCUACCAGGACCCAAGUUUCAGCAUGGAGGACAUGCUGGCCACCCUCCCCAGAGUCGUCUCCGUUCCCCCAGUAUCUGCCAGCUGCCUUCCUCCCCAGGAUUUGGCUUCAGGCGGGCAGAUUGGCGGUGGAUUUGGCAGGGGGAACCAGGAUGACCCUCGCUGCAAUGGCACCCUGAGGAAGCAGGCCUCCCCAAGGUCAAGUAUGCUUGGGGCUGGCUCAGCUCUCACUGCAGGACAAGGUGGAGGGGAUGAUAGUAGUGGACAGCGCUACAGUGCCGAUCCAACCGGUCUUUUGGCAGAACGAGGAGCAAAAGGAGACAAAGACCAGGAGUGCUACAUGACUGCCAAGAGAGAAAAGAACAGCUCAGUAGAAGAAAACCCAUUUGUCACGCGUCGUAGGAAUGGUGAUGCCCACACAGCGAUCGAUGGAGCUGGUUGCCACACCCUUCACAUGCCUGCAGCUGCUAUUAUCACCAAGAACCAGACCACCCAUGGGGAUGAUGAGUACAUCAACGAGCCACUGUACCUAAACACCUUCCUUAACCCUGGGGAUAAGAACGGAUUGGCUGGUGCAGUCUCCAUCUCUGGCCCUGGAUCCUCCACUGCCCAGUCCGUAUCGCAGACAGUCAACCCAUCAACGUCCAGCCACACGGUCUCCACCUCUGGAUACGUGGUCCCCCCUGGCCACCUUCCCCACCCAUCAUAUCCAUCACACACCCUACAUCCAGGGCAUUCAGGACACACUCUACACUCAGGCGUCACCACCAGCACCAUCAUGUUUGAUAAGAAAGGCAAGAAGGCCACUUUUGACAAUCCUGAAUAUUGGCAGCACAGUCUACCCCCGAAGUCUUCACUGCACAACCCAGAGUACCUACAAGACUGCAGCACGCGCUUCUUUUACCGCCAGAAUGGACGCAUUCGCCCUGCUGUGGCCGAAAACCAGGAGUACUUGUCUGAGGCUGCUAUGAAAGCAGGCAAUGUGUUGCCUCCCCCUCCAUACAGACAGAGGAACACUGUGGUGUAG